GAACAGGGAGCCGGAAAUCCCGCCUGCCGAGCCGUGGCUGUUGUUGUUGUGACAGGGACCGUGACACCGACAGGCCCGCCCGCCCGGCAGGAGCCCCCGCCCGCCCGCACACGGGCCCCGCCGCCGCUGGCCCCGCUCCCCGCCGGCCCGCAUCAUGAAGUGGAUGUUCAAGGAGGACCACGCGCUGGAGCACAGAUGUGUCGAGUCGGCAAAAAUCCGAGCCAAAUACCCUGACCGUGUCCCGGUCAUAGUGGAGAAGGUGUCGGGAUCUCAGAUUGUUGAUAUUGACAAGAGGAAGUACUUGGUUCCAUCUGACAUCACCGUGGCCCAGUUCAUGUGGAUCAUCAGGAAGAGGAUUCAACUGCCAUCUGAGAAAGCAAUAUUCCUCUUCGUAGACAAGACUGUCCCACAGUCCAGCUUAACUAUGGGACAACUUUAUGAGAAGGAGAAGGAUGAGGAUGGAUUCUUGUAUGUUGCCUACAGUGGAGAGAACACAUUCGGUUUCUGAAUGGUGGGUCUUGGCUACUACACCAUCCUGCCGUGUAUCUUGUAAAUAGCUGAUCAUUUUCUGUUCUGACAUUCACAGAAGUUCCUUCUAUAUACAUGCAUUUGUAACUGGAUUUAGUUCUUAAUAUAUUGAUAGGUCUUGUUUUAUUAGACUGUUAAAUUAUCAAAAAAAGUUUUGUUGGUUUUGUGCAAUUUUUUUUCUCAUGGCUAUGAAUUCCCAGAGCCUCACUCCUUUGGGGGAUACAUUUGACAAAAUUUAUUAAAUAAUAAAGCAAAGUAGUUGGGCUACUAAAACAUGAAAAGAAGAAUAUGCAUUUAUUCUGUUUUGAGGUGUUAGCUUAAGAAAAAUAAAAACAUUAAAUUAGUACUGGGAGCACUGGAUUUGCUAGCUUAUCCUAAGCAGGAGCAAGAUGCUGAUCAUGUUGAAUUGAGCUAAUGUGUUCCUCUUUCUCAGUUAACAAGUACAAUAAAAACUGUCACAAACAGGCA